AUGCCUCAAGCAAUGAAGCUCAACGACAAGGCCCCUGCCAAUACUCCGCCGGCCCAAACGCCUCCAUGCAACCCCAUCGAUGAAAGUCCCCAGCAGAGCGUGACAACAGGAGAUGGGUAUCAGCAUUCCGAUGCGAAAGAACUCGUAGAAACUCUUCGCGAAGCCAGGGCGGAUUACACCAGCUCCAAAUCCAAUCCCUCGGAAGACACUGCAGGUGGGUGUGCCAGAGGACAUCAUCAGCGCUCUAGAAGCAGGCCAUUAUUUGGAUGA